GGGGGCGUGGUCGGGGUGGAAAGGGGGCGUGUUGGCUGCGAUCGCGCGCGGGGACGACGCGGCUCUUGACGUCUGGGCUACGUAUGGCGGCGGCGGCCAGUGGGCGCCCUGCGUCGCUCUGACGAGGCGGGAAUUGAAAGGAGCCUAAGAUGUCCGAAGGCCAGCAGGAGACAGCGAUAUUGAGCACAAGUGAGGGAGAGACGCUCGUUACAGUCACGCAGGUGUCAGCAGAGGAAGUAGCACAGGCAGGCACCACCACAAUGGCGUUGGUCCAGCUUCCCGGGGGUCAGACCGUGCAGGUGCAGUCAGUCAUUCAGGCUGCACAGUCCUCUGUCAUCCAGUCGCCACAGAUACAAACCAUCCAGGUGGCCACAAUUUCAGAUGGCGAGACGUCGCAGGAGUCUGGAGAUAGCUCCUCGGACACGCAGAAGCGCAGGGAGAUCCUCUCUCGACGGCCCUCGUACAGGAAGAUCCUGAACGACCUCUCCUCUGAUGCGGCGGCCGUCCCGAAAAUUGACGAGGAGAAGGCAGAGGAUGAUGGCUCAACCACAAAUAACAUUGUGACCCUGCCCACACCCAUCUACCAGACCAGCACUGGCCAGUAUUUUGCCAUUGCUGGCGGUGGUGCAAUACAGAUCAACGGGGCAGAGGGGCUUCAGGCGCUCACCAUGGCCGGUACGGGAGGGCAGCAGGCGGGCGCCACCAUUGUGCAGUACGCGCAGACCUCCGACGGGCAGCAGUUCUUCAUGCCGGGCAGCCAGGUCGUGGUGCAAUCGGCCUCAGGAGAGACGUACCAGAUCCGCACGCCUUCGGGUGGCAUCCCACAGGGCAUGGUCGUGGCAACGUCGCCAGCCUCCAUCCAGAGCUCGCAGGGUGUGCCCGAGGAGGGGACGCGCAAGCGGGAGGUCAGGCUCAUGAAAAACAGGGAGGCGGCACGUGAGUGCCGCCGGAAGAAGAAGGAGUACGUGAAGUGCCUGGAGAACCGCGUGACUGUUCUCGAGAAUCAAAACAAAACCCUGAUCGAGGAGCUGAAAGCCCUCAAAGAUCUUUACUGCCACAAAGCCGAGUAGCCCGUAGCUAGGCCGAGAAGCUGGGGAACGUGGGGCAGAGCUCUUUUUAUAUCCGAUCAUGGGCACUGAAGCCCGCUUUUUUGUAUCCAGAGUAAAUAAUACAUGGUAGUUAUUGCAACGAUGAUCUUUCUGUUACUGCAUUAUGAUCAUAUACACAAAUUGGUGUACUUGGCGAGGCAAAAACUCGUAUAAAUCUUUAGCCUAGUGAUCAGUUGUGCAUAACCUAAUAUAUUGUACGUUUUAAUUAAGGCAUAUUUAUCAGCUGCAUUAAAAAUAUUAGCAACAAUUCGGCUAUUCAUUGUUGUUAAUAUUUGCUAAAUAUGGAUACCAUUUUUCUGCCUUGUCUAAACAUGCAAUGUUAUUUCAAGACUUUAAUCGUGUGUGCUUUUAGAAAGAAAAAAAAAACUAGUGUUAACUUUGUUCACAGUAGACAAUGGCACUGAUUAUGUGAAUACUUUUUUGUUUUCUCCCUGUAGUAGCGUGUAGCCGUGUUGCUUUUAGCUCGGGGUCCCAGUGCGCACCAUCCAAGACCCUGCUUGCUCUGCGUGCCCGUGCUAUCCCGCAUGGUUGUUUACAGGAAGGUGUUAGUGUGCCCAGCACGUCCCCACGUCUGUGAUUGACAGGGAGGAAGGAAAGUGCUAGAUCGCAUGGCUUGUGUGUGCGCGACAGUUCACUUUGCUUUUCCAAGGAAGGCUUCCCUAGCUCACGGAGAUGUGUUCUUACGACGUGGUUUUUUUUGUUGAUGUAGAUACGAUGCACCUAAGCCACAUAAUGGAAGCCUCUGCUGCAAUGGCAUGUAUAUAUGUAUGUAUAUUUUGGUGUAUUUUCCUGGAGUCCAUCGGGCCCAAUGUCGAUUUGUCCUUGCCCCGUGCCGUUGUGUUUGUGCGUCCACCAAGCCCCAGCAUGUCCGUGGUGCGUGUUUGUGUACGUGUGUGUCCGCGCACGUGCCACCUGCUACCCAGGGAUGCGGCCAAGGAAUGCCGCCGGCGUAAGAAAGAGUAUGUGAGGUCCUUGGAGAACCGCGUGGAAGUGCUGGAGGUCCAGAACAAGCAGCUGCUGGAUGAGCUGUCGGGGCUCAAAAACCAGUUCCGUUUGAAUCCUGGCAGCGCUGGGCAGUGAAGU